GAGGUCACGGCUCGCUCGGCCGCGGGGUGCACGCGGAUUCCUGCACAGGUGGAGCAGGCUCGCCGGCCUCCCCUUACCCCACCCCCUGGCCGCAGCUCGGUUUCUCCUUCCCGCUGCUCAUUUAUUCUCCUCAUCUGCAUGUGUGACGGCGGCGAUCGGACUGGGGAAGGACAGAGCGCCCUCUCCUCCGCUCCCCGCGCCGCUCUCGGGUAAUGCGCUGCCUGCGCCUUGCCGCCGCGCUCCUCCGGCCUGGCUGUGGCCGCGCGCGGACGCCGCCGGACCGCUGAGUCUAGAGGGACGGUGAAGCGCUGGCCGGCGUCGGGGCCCUUGCCGGGGGUCGGGCGGGAGCCGGCGGACGGGAGCGAGAUGGAGGAGGCGAGAGGGGGCGCGGAGUAACUGGCGGAUCCCCAGCCUCGCACCUCUCCCGGCCCCCUGGCGCUCCGCGGGGCCACGGCGGGCGGGGCCCUCGGGGCUGCCAUGGAGGUGCCUAACGUCAAGGACUUCCAGUGGAAGCGCCUGGCGCCACUGCCCAGCCGCCGGGUCUACUGCUCCCUGCUGGAAACCGGGGGGCAGGUCUAUGCCAUCGGGGGAUGUGACGACAACGGCGUCCCCAUGGAUUGCUUUGAGGUCUACUCCCCCGAGGCCGACCAGUGGACCGCCCUGCCCCCCCUGCCCACGGCCCGAGCCGGGGUGGCCGUCACCGCCCUGGGGAAGCGGAUCAUGGUGAUCGGGGGUGUGGGCACCAGUCAGCUGCCCCUGAAGGUCGUGGAGAUGUACAACAUCGAUGAGGGCAAGUGGAAGAAGAGGAGCAUGCUGCGUGAGGCCGCCAUGGGCAUUUCGGUCACGGCCAAAGAUUAUCGCGUGUACGCGGCAGGCGGGAUGGGCCUAGACCUCCGUCCACACAACCACCUCCAACACUAUGACAUGCUCAAGGACAUGUGGGUGUCUCUGGCCCCCAUGCCCACCCCAAGAUAUGCUGCCACCUCCUUCCUCCGAGGUUCCAAGAUCUAUGUGCUGGGCGGACGACAGUCCAAGUACGCAGUCAAUGCCUUCGAGGUCUUUGACAUCGAGACUCGCUCCUGGACCAAGUUCCCCAAUAUUCCCUGUAAGCGGGCCUUCUCCAGCUUCGUGACCCUGGAUGACCGCUUGUACAGCCUGGGUGGCCUGCGGCAGGGUCGGCUCUACCGACAACCCAAGUUCCUCCGGACGAUAGACGUGUUUGACAUGGAACAGGGGGGUUGGCUGAAGAUGGAGCGCUCGUUCUUCCUCAAGAAGCGACGGGCAGACUUUGUGGCCGGCUCUGUGAGUGGACGGGUCAUCGUGGCUGGAGGCCUUGGGAACCAACCCACUGUCCUGGAGACGGCAGAGGCGUUCCACCCAGGGAAGAACAAGUGGGAGGUCCUCCCUGCCAUGCCCACGCCCCGCUGUGCCUGCUCCAGCAUCGUCAUCAAGAACUGCCUCCUGGCCGUGGGGGGCGUCAACCAGGGUCUGAGCGACGCCGUGGAAGCCCUGUGUGUCUCUGACUCUUAGCUGGCCCUGGACCCAGAGCCUGUGGCCUGGACCAGAUCACCCACUCUUGGCGAGAGCAAUGGUCUCAUCAAAGCAGUUUGGGGCUGCUUCUCAGGAUGCCAGCUCCUGACAGCAGCCUGUGGGGUCAGUCGUUGGGGCUCUAAGUGACCUCUCCCCCCUCCAAAGCCUAGCGAUCCCAGAAAACUGUAAGAGGUCUGGAUGAGUCUGCCAACGCCACCCCCACCCCCACCGUCCCCCAUUGGCGCUCAUGUGACCUCUGGGGAGAGUCCUCACUCUCAGGCAGAGAAAUGUACAGGAGGAUCUGCUACCUCCCCUCCUGUGGGUUCACCUCUCCCCAUCUCCAGGAUAGGGGGAGGCAGGGCUGUCUGACCCAGAGGACAGCUGCUUGUAGCUGUCUCCCUCCCACCCCCGCCAGCUCUGCACUCAUCUGAGGGUCUCCUGGAUGGAAAAUGGAGAAGGGCUGCAGGGGUCCCAGACCCCUCUUCUUUCCCUUGGUCUCCAUCCCUUCUCCCUUAGGUGGCCAUCUGUGGGCCUGCCCUGGACCUCAACUACUCAGCAAGCAUUGGCCCUGGAGCUAGAGGUGGCUGACUUGGAAGGGAAGCCAGAUUCCUGAGGACUGGUCCUGGUCAGCAGCCUGGGCCAGGAAGGACCCGUGCCUCUCGGGGCCCUGAUGGGAGUGAGACGAUGAGGAAGGCGCAGACCCCCAGCCCAGGGUCUGCUCCCCACCCUGCUCCUCAUUCCAUUUCUCCUUUGGUCACCCCUCUCCACCAGAAGCCUGGCCCUUUGUCACCGAUGGUCCCAGAGUGUUUCUUUGUGAAACCUUCUCAUUUACACUGUGGCAUCAAAAUCCAUGAAGGAUGGAUUCAUUGCACUCUGGUUAACAGCAGCAGCACAAUGAUUAAAACCUCUAUUCCUA